AUAACUGUUCUUACUUUAACUAUACAGAUUAACAUGUCUGACCGAGUAAAAAUAAAAUUAAAAAAAAAAAAAACUAACUAACUAGCUGCAAUGAAUUCUAACUAACAUUCUUAUUAUAGGGUGGACGUGGAUAUUAUAAUAACAGAGGAAAUGAUAGACGUGGAGGACGUGGUGGAGCAAGAGGAGGUCGUGGAGGUUAUCAUAACACGAAUCAACAAGAAAAACCAAAGAAAGAAUCCAUCUUGGACUUGAGUAAAUACAUGGAAAAAAAGAUUCGUGUACGAUUUAAUGGUGGAAGAGAAGUUGUUGGUACUUUAAUGGGUUAUGAUCCUUUAUUAAAUUUGGUUCUAGAUAAUACAAUUGAAUAUUUGAAGGAUUUAGAAACUGGUUAUCUUACAGAAAAGUCAAGAUCAUUAGGUUUGUCUGUACUUCGUGGAACUGCUGUCAUUUUAAUUUCACCUUUUGAUGGAAUGGAAGAAAUUGAAAAUCCUUUCGCACAAUAAUAAAGAAUAUACAUUUAUGUGUAUGUAUAUAUCUAUUUGUAUAGCAUAAAAUACAUCAUAAAAUUGACUAUAGAGAAAGUUUAAUCAACGAUACUUUUGAUAUAUUUGAUGACAUAACAUACUUACAACAAUAAUAGAAAACAUAAUAUAUGCUGUAUUAUUGAUAGCGAGUAUUUACUAUAUAUUGAAUUCUAUAUAAUAAAGUUAUUGAAUCAUAUUAUACAAAGCUAUCAUUAUUAUCAGAGGCAUCCUUCUACUCUUCAUACAUCAUAAACGUCUUU